CGAUGGAUUCAGUAAGAGCAGGACCGAUUGGGCAACUAUUUCGUCCUGAUAAUUUUGUAUUUGGUCAAAGUGGUGCAGGAAAUAACUGGGCUAAAGGACAUUAUACAGAAGGGGCUGAAUUAGUUGAUAAUGUUUUGGAUGUAGUUAGAAAAGAAGCAGAAAGUUGUGAUUGUUUACAGGCAUAA